UGUACAGUACCAAGCACUUUGAUCUUGACUGCUCAAGAACAUACCUUGAGGUACAUAAGCUCUUUGCAACGUUUGGGCAGCUUCCUGAGCUCCCAACUUUGGCGGAUCGGCUACGCUAUCGGGGACAGUACAAGCACCACGAGCCACCCCCCCAGUGCUUCCCCAAAAAUCUCCGCGCCAGCACCGAUACCCUCCGCCCCCUGCAGCAGUCCAGGACUCUGAGCCUGCUUUCAGCACGGCAGCGACACCGGGCGCACAAUGCCCUUCAACGACGAUGACGACGAUGCCGGCGGCGCUCCCUCCAUAGCAGCUGCCCAACAAGCUCCCCUCGCGAGCGGCAGCGGCCCUCUAGACGACGAAGACAGCCCCGCGGUGACCCGCGCCAGGACAACCACGCAAGGCGAUCCCGAAGACGAUGCCGACGAUGACGACGACGAAGAAGGCGACGACAAACAAGCCGACUUCCUGCGCUUCGCAGCCUCCCUGCCCGGUGGCGGCCCGGGGAAAGCCGGCAAGCAGCAGCAGCAGCAGACCAAGAAGCAGGCCGGGGUGGCGGGCAAGAAGACGCUGCGCCGGGGCGAGAAGGACUUCGAGUCGCACGGCACGCGGGCGCAGGCCAGCGUGCUCGAGGACAGCCGCGACGCGAUGGGCCAGGUGCUGGGCUACACGCGCACGCACAAGCCGCCUGGGCACAAGGACUAUCUGAGGGGGUGGUACUAUCCGCGCUGGUGGGCUGAUUCCGAGGAGGAGGAGGAAGUGGACGGUGAAGGGGAGAAGCAAGCAGAGGACCAGCAGCAGGAACACCACCACCGUCGGCCAAAGGAUCCAGGCAUGUUUACUCGCGACAGGGUCGUCGUGCUCGAGUCUGACGGCGGGUCUACGCUGUUUCGCAACACGGGCCGCGUGUUCAGGGGCCUGGACAAGGACACGCCUGCGCGCUCGAGGAUGUGGCUGCUCCCCGAGGAGGCGCUGUACCUGGUGGAGAGGGGCGAUCUUGAUCUGUGGUGGCCGUACCUGUCCCUGCCCGAGAUGUUCCCCCCCGAGUCCGGGAAUGAGGGGCAGCCGGAAGUGCUCGGGUCUGGCAAGGCGGACUAUGACCUGGGAUUUCCGCUGAGUCUGCAGGCCGCGUACUCGUUCCUCAUUGGCAAAGAUGGGCAGCAAGGGAAGGUCACUCUGGAGAAGUAUCAGGUCUAUACCAAUCUGCGGAGGACAGGCUACACGGUACUACGAGCAACCCCGAUACCGCUCCCACCGAAGUCUGCCUCGAUGACUGACUCUUCUAUAUGGGAGUGGCUGUUCAGCAUGGUGCCCUCCUAUCCGAAAACAUAUGACAAAGCCGACGGACCGCUUGUCAAGCCGGGCUUGUAUCGGUCGUACCGGGCAAUAUUCGAGCAGCAGGCCAUUGUCCAGCACCACAAGCCAACGUACGAGACGGAUCCCUCUACGACGCCGCAGGACCCGUUCCGGAUUCAUUAUCACGUCUGGAAGAGCAGCAGCACCUUCACAAAAGCCAGGCCGCCACCGCCGAAUUUCCAGAUCGCCGUUGCAGACACACGGACGUCUUCGGUGCCCACAUUGGAAGAACUUACCGCCCUGCUCGAGUCCACGCCGUGGGAUCCGCCAGCACCGCCGCAGCCUUCCAAGAAUGGAAGCGGCGGUGUGAAUGUUGGCUCCAUGUACAAACGGCUGAAACACGGCUGGCGAAAUACAAUCAUCGCCGUGGUCGAUAGGGGACUGGUCAGUUACGUCAGGCUCACCGAGAUGGCGUUUGGAGAAGAGCUGCUGUAUGAAGGGUUCGAUACCAAGAAUAAGGGCGGUGGAAAGAAGGGAGGUCGUGGGGGCGGCGGUGGUAGGGGAGGCCGAGGAGGACGUGGCGGAAGAGGCGGCAAAAGGGGUGGAUGAAUACUCUACGAUGCCCAGAGAGCAAAAAAUCACAAGAGACAGAGCGCCACAACUCAUGUCGUCAUCAUCUCGAAUCGAGUCGCUGACUGAGUGCUACAGCGCACCGCAGCGUUGCUAAUGUCUAGCUCGGCUCUCGUAGUAGGUCUACAACCAGACGGACCAGUGCUAGUGCCGCCUUGUCUGAUUCGCAUGAAGACUGAUCAGACUCAGAACGAGUGCAUGCUAGUUCUUGCCGAGAGGUCGCAACAAACUGUUGGCUGGUUGCCGACACAACUUGCUGCGCAAGCGAAACAUGCUAAGCGGAGGGGGGCAUUCUAAGUUGGGACGUAGCCUCCAAUGGUAUUGUUGGUUGGCUGCAAUUGCCGAUGCCAUUCCAAUUAUCAAGACUGAGGGCCCAUAAGCGGAUGAGCUGAGGGGUUUGCUGCUGCAAUUCCUCGAGCCGGCGCUUCAAAGCCCUCUAGGAUUCAACAUAAUUG